AUGACCAACCCCACCAUUACCGAUACUACAUCCACUACUGUCACGGCCACUACUACCGUUCACACCACCACCACCCUCAUACCCGCCACGAACGGCGAGCUAAUGGAGUGCCCGAACCGACCCGCCGACUUCGAUUGGCUUUACAUCGCAACGGAUCCGCUACGCGCGUUUAACGCCACGCCCCCGUCGGAGACGCCGCCCUCGGAGCAGGAGCAUGAUAAAUGCAAACGGGAGGUUGAAGCCUCCGUCUGGCGAUUUGCGAAGUUCUGGGACCCGAAGAACGUUGCAUUCCAUCCACUCCACCUAACUGAGGAUCAGCUGGGUGUGAUCUUCGUACAAGUCGAGUCGUAUUACAACGCAGCGAACGACGACCCUUCCUUGUAUAAGCUUUUCGGGCUACCAUGGAGUAAAGACUCUAUAUGGAAGGACUACGACAAUAACCCGAGCUCUAUGUGGUGGAUUUGGAAAGACAAACAAAUGCGACUAAGACGGGAGCAUGGACCGAGUCAACGCGAAAAGCGUUUUUGGAAAUUGUGGAAGGAUUUCUACAACGUCGACGCCGAAGAACAACCAAGAGGCUGGUAUUCUGGCUACUGGUAUCAAGAUGGGUUGUACUGGCGGGAUGUGCGCCUCAGAGAAGCAUUUCCAUGGGGCUGGGCUCCAGAAUGGAAAUUGUCGCCUGAACCUGAACUUGAACCUGAACCGGUGAACAAAUCCUUCUCGGGGUUGGUGAAGGCUUUAGUUUCUCGACGCCGCUUGACCCGGCUGGGGGCAAUCCUCACCACCACGACUCCCAAAUCAUCGUCGUUUUCCCCCAUCACUACUACCGUCACAACCACUUUCGGCCGCGUCCUGAACCGAGUUAUCGUCCUCGUUGGCUCCGUUGCCAUCAGUAUGCUGCUGCUCCUCGCCGCCGCCGCCGCCACGGAGAGCAGGAGUAGACCAGGAAGCUGGAAGAGCGAACGGCGGAUCCAAGUAGACUAG